UUCAGCCGCCGUAGGCCUUGAGUCAGAAGUGCCGGUCAAAAUGGAAGUGAAUCCCCCCAAACAGGAGCACCUGCUGGCGCUAAAAGUGAUGCGAUUGACUAAGCCUACUUUAUUCACCAAUAUUCCAGUAACAUGUGAAGAGAAAGACUUACCUGGAGAUCUCUUUAACCAACUAAUGAGAGAUGAUCCUUCAACUGUAAAUGGUGCAGAAAUUUUGAUGUUAGGAGAAAUGUUGACUUUACCACAAAAUUUUGGGAAUAUAUUCCUGGGAGAGACCUUUUCCAGUUACAUCAGCGUUCAUAAUGAUAGCAAUCAAGUUGUAAAAGAUAUAUUGGUAAAAGCUGAUCUUCAAACAAGUUCUCAGCGUUUAAAUCUUUCAGCCUCGAAUGCUGCAGUGGCUGAACUUAAGCCUGAUUGUUGUAUUGAUGAUGUCAUACACCAUGAAGUAAAAGAAAUUGGAACACAUAUCUUGGUGUGUGCUGUGAGUUAUACAACUCAGGGUGGAGAAAAAAUGUAUUUUAGGAAAUUCUUCAAAUUUCAGGUUCUCAAACCACUGGAUGUGAAAACCAAAUUUUACAAUGCAGAGAGUGACCUCAGUUCUGUGACUGAUGAAGUAUUCUUGGAAGCCCAGAUUCAGAAUAUUACAACUUCACCCAUGUUUAUGGAGAAAGUUUCAUUGGAACCGUCUAUAAUGUACAAUGUAACAGAAUUGAAUUCAGUCAGCCAAGCUGGAGAGUGUUUAUCUACGUUUGGGUCGAGAGCAUAUUUGCAGCCAAUGGAUACACGCCAGUACUUAUACUGCCUAAAGCCCAAAAAGGAGUUUGCAGAAAAAGCAGGCAUCAUUAAAGGAGUUACAGUCAUCGGAAAAUUGGAUAUAGUAUGGAAAACAAAUCUAGGUGAGAGGGGAAGGUUACAGACCAGCCAGCUUCAGAGAAUGGCUCCAGGUUACGGAGAUGUUAGGUUGUCUUUGGAGGCAAUCCCAGAUACUGUGAACCUAGAAGAACCCUUUCACAUUACCUGUAAAAUAACAAACUGCAGCAGUGAAAGGACUAUGGACCUGGUUUUGGAAAUGUGCAAUACCAAUUCUAUCCACUGGUGUGGGAUUUCAGGAAGACAGCUUGGAAAGUUGCAUCCAAGUUCCUCUCUCUGCCUCGCCCUUACUCUACUAUCUUCAGUACAGGGACUACAAAGCGUCUCCGGCUUAAGACUAACAGACACAUUCUUAAAGAGAACAUAUGAAUAUGAUGACAUUGCACAAGUCUGUGUGGUAUCUUCGGCCAUUAAAGUAGAAAGCUGAAGAAAAUUACACUUUUUGUUUCUGUAUUUCCAUCAUCUCUGUAAAAUAAUCAAGUCAACGGCAAAAAUAAGUAUAUUAUUUAAAUUUGUUUCUUGUAAGAAAAUAUUAAAUAAUUGUUUUGAACAGA